AUGUUGCAUAAAUUACCUGAUCGAGAUUAUCGCACCAAUCGUUGGCUUUAUUAUGAAAUCGCUUCUGUGUGUGAAUACCCUGUUUACUUUUCAUACCCUGACCUUCUUAAAUUAAAACCAAUAGAAGAAUCUUUGCAAUCAAUCAAUUUUGAUGGCCCCUAUCUAGCUGUAUACAAGUGGUGUCUCAACUUUUCAAAGUUUCUUGAAGGAAUAGUGCUUUUUAUAAACACUAAAAAACUUAAGGACCAAGAAAUUGAAGAAUUCAUAUAUCAUGUAGCAGCCUUUUCAAGCCAUACUAGGGCCAAGGUUUUAGACUUAGCCAAGAAAUUAAAUUUGGAUAUUAAAUCUAUUAAAUUUAUGAAAAUUUUCAAAUCAUAUUAUAUUUGCGAUUUGAAUACAAAGCUUAACGAUCUUGCUUCAUCCAUUUAUGGUUUUUUCAUGUACCUUCGAACGAAUCUUAAAGAUCUCUGGAAUCAAUAUAAAAGUGUAAUGGAUCCAGAAUUCAAGGGAACAUAUUUAUACAAAGCCGUGUUAGGCUGUCGUCUGUAUUUAUAUACCGAACUUAAUAAUCAGAGUCCUUACUACUUUGCAAAAGAUUCCAAGGGAUAUGUUUAUGUUGUCGAUACCAGAAAUAACAAUCAAAGCACAAAUGCAUCCACUCCUAAAGUCUCUGAAGUUCAAAAUCAAGUUGAGAGUCCUGAAAUCCAAAAUCAAGCUGAGAGUUUUGAAAUCCAUAAGCGUUCCAAAAGUCCUGAAGUACGGAAACGCGAAGGAAGAUCUUUUGAAGUUCCAUUGAUUAUUGAAAAUGCAUAA